AUAUCAGCUUGCUCCAAUUUCGUUUUCCACUGAGGCUUCCUCCUGACAGGGGGGAACAGUAUGGGAGGUGGAGGGCAUCGCGGAUGCGAGUGGUUGUCAGUGGGAGGUGGGGGAGUCGGGAGGGCGGAAGAGUGGUGGUUAUCAACGGGGAGCGAGGGAGGCCGAUGGCCGAUGGAGUCUGUGGGGCGGGUGGGGAGCGGGUCUGUGAAGUGCUGCGUCCUUCCAGGAGGAAGAAGUGAUCGGUGUGUCGGACCCCACAUGCAGUUCGCCAUGGCAAUUGUAGGGUCCCGCCCGUAUGCACGCCGAUCCAUGAUUCUCAGUGUGCUGUCUGUAGCCGCAGCUGCUGUUGCCACUGCAGAUGCAGCUGUUGUAAGAUCUGCUGUUGGUGCAGCGCCCUUUGUCGGUGUUGCUGGUGAUGAUACUGUGCCAGGUGCGCUUGUAGGAGGAGGUGGAGCUGGUCCUCGCAUUGUCUAUGCUGAUGCAUCUGUUCCUGCACCUCCAUCUGUAUGUUUUGCUGAGGUGGCAGCAUCUGGGGUUGAUGCUGUUGCUGCUGCUGCAUCACCUGAGUAUGAUGUUGUUGUUGUUGGUGCUGGUGCCAUACCUGCUGUUGCUUCUGGUGUUGCAGCAAUUGUUGCAACUCUUGGUCCGACCCGUGAUACUGUUGCGACGCCCCGUCCAUGCCUUGUCUAUUCUGCUGCAUCUGUUCCAGUACUUCCGUUUGUGCACUUUGCUGAGGUGGCAGUAUGAGGGGUUGUUGUUGUUGCUGCUGCAACUCCUGCGUUUGUUGUUGCUGUUGGUGGUGCUGGUGCCGUUCCUGCUGUUGCAUUUGAUG